AUGGCCCCCUUCAUUACGGCCAGCGGAGAUGACAACUACGACACGGCAGUCAAAGCACGCCUGGAUCAAAAGAUUGCACCGCGUGUUUCAAUAGAAGAACUCACACACAACGAUGGCUUGACUCAGCUAAGCGCACUGGGCGAAGUUGUCCUUGGGCAUAUUGCCACAUUCGACGCCCGCAUCCACUCUGUGAAUGUUACAGACACUACGGACGACGUUCAAGUUCUUCUUCGUGAUGGCGGCCUCUUUGCUUUCGGUUCGAUCAAACUGAAAGACGCCGAUGAUGAGACGGCCGAGGCCGCGCACUCGCUAACAGCCGAGUCACUCGUGCGGGUCUCGGGACCCGUCAUUGCACAUCAGAAAACCCAUGGCCGGGACGCAAUCACGGCUUCAGUUGAGAUCAACAAACUGAAAAUCAUCUCGGCAGCCAAGAAGGGCCUCGCCAAGGGGUUGGUAUCCCACCGCGCCCCGGGGGACGGCUCGGAGCAGCGCGAGUCUGGCCUGAACGGCAUAUCCCUCAACGACCGCCUCGACAACCGCGUCCUUGACGUCCGGGUCGCCUCUACCGCUUCCAUCUUCAAGAUAUUCUCGGGCGUGCACGAGCUUGCUGUCGAGUAUCUCUCCGGCCGCGGCUUCCACUGGACUCCUACGCCGUCCCUGAUCAACUACAAGAUCCCCGGGGACGACGACUACUUCUCUGUCCCCUACUUCGCCGGGAAAGACGCGUGGCUGACGCAGACUGGCGAGGUGCACCUGGGCAUGGCGCUGUCUGCCGACUUGGACCGUAUUUAUGACGUGCAUCCCGUGUUCCGUCGGGAGAGGAACGUGUCAACCCGGCACUUGACUGAGUUCAUUUCCCUCGAGGUCGCAUUCAUAGUGAAGCAUGACUGGGAAGAAAUCCUGGAACUGACCGAAUCCACCAUCUUGUUCAUCAUCCACAACCUUCAGGAGCGACAAAAGUACAAGUCUGAGCUUGACGUUGCACGCCGACUAUACCCUUCGGCAGGAGGGUUCAGACUGGGCUUGGACGCCAAAGGCCGCCUGAUCCGGAUCACGUUCAAAGAGGCUAAACGCAUCCUCCGAGAGAAAAUAGGACGGCAAACGGAUGAUCAGGAAGAUUUCUCGAGAGAAGAAGAAGCCGCCCUCGGGCACUACUUUGCCGGCGACGACUCCGGCCUCGGCCCGGCGACGGACCUCUUCGUCAUCACGCACUACCCGAGGCACCUGCGGCCGUACAACUUCUUCCCCGCUGCAGGGGACGAGUCCGCGACCAACUCGUUCGACAUCAUCAUGCGCGGCCAGGAGGCGUGCACCGGCCUGCAGCUCAUCCACGCCCACGCGGAGCUGCGCAGGGCCAUGCUCGCCCGCGACCCGCCCAUCGACCCGGACUCGGACAUGUGGCGUCCCUUCGUGGAGGCGUACGAGGCCGGCGCGCCUCCCCAGGGCGGCUUUGGGAGUAAGUGA